GAACCAUAAAGCAAGCUGGUCGCUUUUCAUUCCUUUAUAUUAUAACCCUUCCCCUCUCCGUUCUUUUCCCUUGGAUAUCUCCCACCAUCACCAAGCCUCUCCAAGCUCCGUCCCGUUUUCCCCUUCUCCUCUUUCUCUCUCUUUUAUUUCCUCUCAAGAAGAGUAUUUAUCGUUUCCAUUUUUUUUGAAUUCAUCAUGUCCUCUACUGUGAUAUCCAAUCCGGUAACCAGCUCUGACCGCUCCAAGAGGAAAAAGAAGAAGAAAUCUUCCCAACCCAAAGACCAAAAGAACCCCAUAGUUAAAUGGAAAUCUGAAACCCAGCAACAAAUCUACUCUUCAAAACUCAUCCAAGCUUUAAACCAAGUCACCAUAAGCCAAAACUCCUCCCCAUCUGCCCCCCGCGGCGGUCGGGCCGUUCGUGAAGCGGCUGACCGCGUCUUGGCCGUGGCGGCCAAAGGGAGGAGCCGGUGGAGCCGUGCCAUUUUGACUAAUAGACUCAAACUCAAGUUCAGGAAGCAGAAAAAGCCGCAGAAAGUGCCGGCCCCGUCGUCUUCUUUGUUGGCAACCGGGAGUGGCAGGUCAAAGAAGACGAGAUUUAGCGUUUUAAGGUUGAAAAAUAAGAGUUUGCCGACUGUGCAGAGGAAAGUUCGUGUUCUUGGCCGGUUGGUCCCCGGUUGCCGGAAACAACCUUUACCCGUUAUUCUAGAUGAAGCUUCUGAUUAUAUAGCCGCGCUUGAGAUGCAGGUUCGAGCCAUGAAAGCUAUCGCUGAGUUAUUCUCUGGCAUAAGCGGCAGCGGUAGCGGCGGCUCUAGUUCUAGUUCUAGUUCUAGUUCUAGCUCAGCCGCCCCUCCUCCAACCUCUUGAUUGUUAAAUUUUCAUUUGUAUUUUUCCUUUUUAAUAUCUUUCACUUUCUCCUCUCUUCCUGUGGAAUACAUAUUUCCUCUGUUUCCAAUUCAUAUUAACAAUAAUUGACUGCAUAAUUUUUAUUUCUUCUUUAA